AUGCGCACUAGUGAAAUGGCGGUGGGAUAUAGAAAAACACAGAAUGUUCCGAAGGAAAACGACGAAGAUUUGGACAAGAAUUUGGUGACGUCAACACUAUACUGCACUUGUAGAGACUGUAAAAAGUAUUGUGCUCACAAGAAACCAGUCACAUGUAUUGAUCCCUUCCUAAUAAAUAUGAGACACACUUAUUGGAUCUACCGCGGUUUGGUCACAGCUAGCAUGACCCAACGAGCCUACAUGAUUAAUACGGCCAACGCCCACCAAGGAAACUCAGACGCCAAGGACAAUAAAACGACAAUAAAAGAAAAUAAAACAAACAAAUCUAAAAUGAAGAAAAAGCCAAUAAACAAUAAUAAAAUAAAAACGAAGUAA